CUCCAAAUCAGCCCCUGGCCUGGGAACCUCCAUGUGCUCUGGGUGUGGCCCUAAAAAGCCAAAAGAAAAAGGAGAAGAAGAGGAGCUUAAGGGGAGCUUGUUCACUCCUUUCAUCCAGAUGGCUACCAUUCGGUUGCUCUUCCUCCACCCGCAGUUCUGGGCUUCCCGCUGCUGAGUUUGCCUCCUCUCCAGAGUUCUCCGUGUGCAUUGCUUUUAUUUUUUUUAACCAUUUUUACAAUUUAAACAUUUUUUGACUGAGCCCAUGGCCUAUGGAAGUUCCAGUGCCGGGGAUCAAACCCCUGCCACCGCAGUGACCACGCUGGAUCCCGAACGCCCUGUGCCACCAGGGGGCACCACCAUCAGCGUUUUUAGAGCAGGGCUGCUUGUGGCCCGUUCUCUUCAUUUUCCUUUAUCCGAAAAUGUCUUUGACUUACUCUCCUUCCGCCGCUGGGGAGCCUGAGCCGAGGCCCUUUCCUUCAUCACAGGAAGAACGUCCUGCCUCUGAGGGGGGUCCCCAGGCCUCCGAGCUGUGCGCACGUGGAAAAUACGUACCCCGUUGGCCGGCUGCUUUGGCAGUGUUCCUGCUUUGUUGGUUUUGAGAUGUUUAGGGUCUAGCGUGGGCUUCGGGGAGUCUGUCCUGUGUGAGGUUGACUGAGCUGCUUGAAUGUGCAAGUUUACUUGUUUACUAAAUGUGGGGAGGGUUCAGCUGUUCUUUCUUCAAAGUUUUUCUUUCCGGUGUCACACUUUUUUUCUUUUUUCCUUCUGGACCCCAGUGCUGCGGAGGGCAGCUCUUUUGCGGGCCCUUCGUUCCCGAGGUUCCAUCCCGUGUGUUUUGCUCUCUUCCUUCUGUGCCGACUGGGGCGUCUGUGUUGGUCUGUCUUUGUUCUUACCACUCAGCUCUUCCUCACUCAUCACCAUCCUGCUACUGAGCCCCGCCAGCGGCUCUUUUCUUCUGUCAUUAUGGUUUCAGUUCUCCCAUCUCCCCUGGCUGUGCCUUCUGUUCCCGUGGCACCACCGCCAAGGAGGUCGAACGACAGCUGCCCGGAGGCCCCUGCCUCUCCAGUGGUCACCUGGGAGGGGCGUCUCUUCAUUAUUUUUCCCCUUGAGAAUGGGUCAGACUCUCCUGGUUCUUUGUUUCGUAGAUGAUUCUGGGUACCUUGAAUAUUGUGUUGUGAGACUUGGUCCUGUUUCCGUCUCCCGGAGGACGGAGCAUUCCGGUGCGGCAGGGCGGGUCCGGGCUGUGCUUCUGGGCCCGGCCGUGGGCGGGCAUGGCCCGAAGCAGUUCAGUCUUCCAGCGUGUGCAGGGGCCUUUGGAUCUGCCCCACAGGUGCCACCCAAGGCCAGUCUGAGAGGUGGGCGGUGGUUGACUGGAUGUCCGUCAACCUUUGGUUGCCGUUUGGGGUCAGGUCCCCGCGUGGACAGGUGAGGAGGGACCCAGGCCUUCGCACACGCUGGCUGCAGCCCUUUCUGACGGCUGCCCUCGCCACAGUCUCCCGCACGCUCGCUGGCACCCCGUUCCUCGUCCUCUGGCUGAGAGCCUGGUCUCUCGUGUGCCCUCUGCGCUGAGCCCCUCCGUUCCUGGUCUGCCCUGGGCCCAGCGUCAGAGGAAGGAGAGCAGGUCUCCUGAGCAGCCGGUGGACCCAUGUGGCUCCAGGUCCUCGGGGUUUAGGUGCCUGCCUGGCUGCCACCAGCACAAGGUCCCCGAGACUGGGCCUUGCCCAGGGGGCAGAGCCAGCAAGGACCAAACCACGCGGGACAGCGCUUCGGAGCAGAGACAGGACAUGUCUCCGACAGUGUUCUGGGCACUACCCGGAGUUCAGGUUGGGGACACAGAGGACAGGUGACAACGAGGAGUCUUACCUCCAGAGGCAUCUGCCCAGGGCCUGGCUCCUUCCCUGUCUCCCGCACGGGACCCCCGGGCUUUCAGGCCCUGCCGCCGCGGCUCCGUGGUUCUGCCUGGACUUAGCUCUUGCCCAGGCCACGGGGCGUGCUCCCUCUGUCCUCACGGGAGCACAGGCCCCACGUGGCGCUUUCCUUGCUGUCACUGUGUCGAAACGCAGGGAGAUCCCUGUGCAGACCCGUGCCCACCUUGUCGCCCCUGCAGGACCAGGGCCCUGGCGCAGGGUCGCGCCAAGGCCGCCUUCCUUCCGGCUGGGCCAUGGCCACCCCGGAUGUCAGCGUCCACAUGGAGGAGGUGGUGGUGGUGACAACGCCCGACACGGCGGUGGACGGCAGCGGCGUGGAGGAGGUGAAGACCGUGCUGGUCACCACCAACCUGGCCCCUCACGGGGGUGACCUGACGGAAGACAGCAUGGAGACGGAAAAUGCCGCCGCGGCCGCCGCCGCCGCCUUCACAGCCUCCUCGCAGCUCAAGGAGGCCGUGUUAGUGAAGAUGGCUGAAGAGGAGGAGAGCCUGGAGGCCGAGAUCGUGUACCCCAUCACCUGCGGGGACAGCAGGGCCAACCUCAUCUGGAGGAAGUUCGUGUGCCCCGGCAUCAACGUCAAGUGUGUUCAGUACGACGAGCACGUCAUCAGCCCGAAGGAGUUCGUGCACCUGGCGGGCAAGUCCACCCUCAAGGACUGGAAGAGGGCCAUUCGCAUGAACGGCAUCAUGCUCAGGAAGAUCAUGGACUCGGGCGAGCUGGACUUCUACCAGCACGACAGGGUUUGCUCCAACACCUGCCGCAGCACCAAGAUCGACCUCUCGGGGGCCCGCGCGUCCCUGGGCAGCCCCACGCCGGCCGAGUACAUCCCUCUCACACCCGCCACGGCUGACGUGAACGGGGCUCCUGCCACCAUCACCAUAGAGGCCUGCGAGGACCCUGGGGACUGGGCCACGGCCGUCGGAGAUGACACGUUUGCCUUCUGGCGGGGGCUCAAGGACGCCGGCCUGCUGGACGAGGUCGUACAGGAGUUCCACCAGGAGCUGGUGGAGACCAUGAAGGGCCUGCAGCAGCGGGUCCAGGACCCUCCCCUGCAGCUCCGAGACGCCGUGCUCCUGAACAACAUCGUGCAGAACUUCGGCAUGCUGGACCUGGUGAAGAAGGUGCUGGCCAGCCACAAGUGCCAGAUGGACCGCUCGCGGGAGCAGUAUGCCCGGGACCUGGCAGCCCUGGAGCAGCAGUGUGACGAGCACCGCCGCCGGGCCAAGGAGCUCAAGCACAAGUCUCAGCACCUCAGCAACGUGCUCAUGACGCUGACGCCCGUCUCCCUGCCGCCCCCCGUGAAGCGGCCCCGGCUGGCGAGGGCCACGUCCGGGCCGGCCGCCAUCGCCUCGCAGGUGCUCGCCCAGUCGGCCCAGAUCGCCCUGACGCCCGGCGUACCCGUCUCCCAGCUCGCCGGCGUGCCGCUGGGCAAGGUGGUGUCGGCCCUGCCCUCGCCCGUGCUGGGCAAGGCCGCCCCCCAGGCCGCCCCGGCCGGCUCCCCCGCCUCGCCGCUGCUUGGCGGCUACACGGUGCUGGCCUCCUCGGGCAGCGCCUUCCCCGGAGCUGUGGAGAUCCACCCGGACGCCUCCAGCCUCACGGUGCUGAGCACAGCGGCCGUGCAGGACGGCGGCACGGUGGUCAAGGUGGUCAGCCCGCUGCAGCUGCUCACCCUGCCCGGCCUGGGCCCCGCCCUGCAGAACGUGGCCCAGGUGUCGCCUGGGGGCAGCACCAUCGUGACAGUGCCCACGGGGGCCGUCGAGAGCGCCGUGGCCGCCCCGGGGCCCGAGGAACACGCGGCCACUGUUGAGGUGGCCGCCAUGGCAGAGGGUCACGGGCACAAGUAGCGGCUGGCGAGGGCGAGGCCCCUGGCGGGCACAGACCUGGCCGCCUCCCUCAGCCCAGGGCUGGCAGGAGCACGGCGCCGGCGCCCGGCGGGCCACGCGGGGCUGCCGAACCAAAGAGAGGAGGAGACGCCAAAACAGCCAAGCGGCGCGGCCUCCGAGUUCCGACCCCCGGCUUUCCUGGGAAAUCCAUUUUUCCAUCUGUCGCUUAUUCACCCUGUUUACACGUUGGGCCCGGGGCGGGAGCAAGGUGGGAGCCGAGGGGCCAGGUGCACGGGCGGCGGCGGCGGCGGCGGUGGAGGGGGAGGCCGUCACUCACACAAGACUUGGGGACCGUCCCCAAGUGUGGAAACCGUGGAUCCUAUGGAUUUGUUUCUUCCCACAGUUUUCUGUAGGUCUAGUGGGGCCAGCGCCGGCUCUCCCGCCCUGGGCCGGGCCUCGUGGUGCUGCAGGUCUGCAUGUGGCUCGGGGAGGCUGCAGGGCACCCGGGCUCGGGGUGCAGGCCCAGGGACACUCGCCUGGCCCGAGCCGCCGGCAGAGGCUCAGGGCCGUUGCACACGCUCUGUGGGUGUUUGAAGUGAACUCCUCAGUAGGCUUCUAGCAAGAGUCAGGUCUGUAGCGUUUUUCAGCCUAACGAUGCUGAGUGCCUAGGCUUCCCGAGCGGCCCUGGGUUUGAGUGCUCUGUACACAGGGACCAGGGGGCUUGGGUCCCGGCGGUGGCAGCGGCGGCGGCGGCAGGGCGGGGUGCUCAAGGAAAGAGCGGGCAGGGCCGCGGAGGGUUCGUGCCUCAGGUCGGGGCCAUGAGCCUGUGCUCCGUGUGCCGGGGGACCCGCCCGGUGGUGGGCUGACCCCGCUGGCUGAGGCCGGUGUCCGGGCGCUCGUGGGAAGACUGUCUGCGGCCGGGUAUCUGCACUCGCCGUCUUGGACUCAGGAGGACCAGGGAGGGGCCUCGAGCUGCUGCAUUGGGGGUCCCCAGGGCCACCCCUUGUCUCCUGCGCAUCUGUCACCUGCGGAGACCCAGAGAGAAGCCACUGCCUGCUUGGCACUUUGGAGGGACCCGGGCCACAUCCGUCCGUCUGUCCGUCCUGUCCGUCAGGCACCCCAGCCCCACGCCAGCACAAGGCUGUUUCUGUUGUGUCUGCUCGGCCGUCAUUGCGGGAACACUGGCUUCAGUGCGACGUCAUUUUGUCACGUGCUCCUCCCGGCUGACCAACGCGGGCGCUGUGAGCUGUUGGCUUCGCCCGGACCAGCCGGGUCCCUCGUGAAACCGGGAGCCUUUGCCCGAUCAGGCCUGCUGUGUCCUCAAAAGCCGCUGCCGCCCGCGGGCCCCGUGCCUCCAGGAGGGGAGUUCCAUUCAGAGCCAUGGAGACAAGUCCACAGCCGGCUUCCUGGUGGACUCCCAGGCUCACCGCCCCUCCGCCCGCGGUGGCCGUGCCCAGUGCUCCGGAGCUGCUCCCAUGGCACCGGUGCCUGGCAGUCUGAGCCCCGGCAUAUGGGGAGGGCCGGUUCCCCUCUUGGAGGAAAGCUCCCCCCAACCGCUGGGCCACCCAGGCUCGGGUUUCAGGGAGGCAGGCCUGGGUCUGUGGGGCUCAGGGCAGCGUGGGAAGGGGAAGGCCCUAAGUUCUACUUUGUAUGUUGUUUCGCAAGUAUCUGCUUGGUACUUUGAUUUAAAAUAAAAGCAUUUUUCAUA